UAGAGAUCUUGGCGCCGAGCGACAGGUGCCGGAACAAACAGGCGGUGAGAAAUCGCGGACGCGGAACCAUUUGGUGGGCAGGACUUCCGGCGGAAAAGCGGGCUGUCUCGGAAACGCCGAGCUGAGUUCCUCCCGGGUGUUCAAGUACGGUUCCUGGGCUGUUGUUUAGACUCUUGUGAAGAUGGCUUGCGCUGCAGCGCGGUCCCCGGCGGACCAGGACAGGUUUAUUUGUAUCUAUCCUGCUUAUUUAAAUAAUAAGAAGACCAUCGCAGAGGGAAGGCGAAUCCCCAUAAGUAAGGCUGUUGAAAAUCCUACAGCUACAGAGAUUCAAGAUGUAUGUUCAGCAGUUGGACUUAACGUAUUUCUUGAGAGAUUGGGUUUCACCAUGUUGCUCAGGCUGGUCUCAAACUCCUGAGCUCAAGCAAUCCACCCACCUUGGCCUCUCAAAGUGCUGGGAUUACAGGUUAAGAAUGUCUGAGGGGCCAGGCGGUGCCGGCAAGAUGGCUGCACUUGAGAAGAUGACGUUUCCAGAGAAACCAAGCCACAAAAAGUACAGGGCCGCCCUGAAGAAGGAGAAACGAAAGAAAUGUCGGCAGGAACUUGCUCGACUGAGAGACUCAGGACUCUCACAGAAGGAGGAGGAGGAGGAGGAGGAGGACACUUUUAUUGAAGAACAACAACUAGAAGAAGAGAAGCUAUUGGAAAGAGAGAGGCAAAGAUUACAUGAGGAGUGGUUGCUGAGAGAGCAGAAGGCACAAGAAGAAUUCAGAAUAAAGAAGGAAAAGGAAGAGGCAGCUAAAAAAUGGCAAGAACAAGAGAGAAAGUUAAAGGAACAAUGGAAAGAACAGCAGAGGAAAGAUAGAGAAGAGGAGGACCAGAAAUGACAGAAGAAAAAAAAAGAGGAAGCUGUGCAGAAGAUGCUGGAUCAGGCUGAAAAUGAGUUAGAAAAUGGUACCAUAUGGCAAAACCCUGAACCACCUGUGGAUUUCAGAGUAAUGGAGAAGAAUCGAGCUAAUUGUCCCUUUUACAGUAAAACAGGAGCUUGCAGAUUUGGAGACAGAUGUUCACGUAAACAUAAUUUCCCAACAUCCAGUCCUACCCUUCUUAUUAAGAGCAUGUUUACAACGUUUGGAAUGGAGCAGUGCAGGAGGGAUGACUAUGACCCUGACGCAAGCCUGGAGUAUAGCGAGGAAGAAAUCUACCAACAGUUCCUAGAUUUCUAUGAGGAUGUGUUGCCCGAGUUCAAGAACGUGGGGAAGGUGAUUCAGUUCAAGGUCAGCUGCAAUUUAGAACCUCACCUGAGGGGCAAUGUAUAUGUUCAGUACCAGUCGGAAGAAGAAUGCCAAGCAGCCCUUUCUCUGUUUAAUGGACGAUGGUAUGCAGGACGACAGCUGCAAUGUGAAUUCUGCCCCGUGACCCGGUGGAAAAUGGCGAUUUGUGGUUUAUUUGAAAUACAACAGUGUCCAAGAGGAAAACACUGCAACUUUCUUCAUGUGUUCAGAAAUCCCAACAAUGAAUUCUGGGAAGCUAACAGAGACAUCCACUUGUCUCCAGAUCAGACUGGCUCCUCCUUUGGCAAGAACUCCGAGAGGAGGGAGAGGAUGGGCCACCACGACCACUACUCCAGCAGGCUGCGGGGAAGGAGAAACCCUAGUCCAGACCACUCCUACAAAAGAAAUGGGGAAUCUGAGAGGAAAAGGAGUAGUCACAGGGGGAAGAAAUCUCACAAACACACAUCAAAGAGUCAGGAGAAGCACAAUUCACCAAGCAGAGGAAGAAACAGGCACCGCAGCCAGGGCCAAGGCCGCCGGAGCCAGAGCCGCAGGAGCCACCGCAGCCGGAGCCAAAGUUCCUCUAGGUCCCGAAGUCGUGGCAGGAGGAGGUCGGGUAAUAGAGGCAGAACUGUUCAGAGCCCCAAAUCCAAAUAAACUAGUUU